GUUAUCUGAAGAACGUACGAACGGUCUCGAUCGCGAACGACGUCGGGGCACUUUACAGUUGGAAGGCCGCGAACGUCGCCAAAUCGCCUCGUUUUCCUGACUUCGAUUUGAUUUUCUGGUCGGUGGGUUUAUCUUGCGGCACACGCGGUACAAGAUCAAUGUUGACCGAGACGCGCUCCCUGAAUUGUUGACUUCAUUUGGCUGCGGAUCGUUCAGGAAAAAUGAUUACUUUAUUUUUGGCAUUUUUUAUCUCGACUCUAAUUUACGUAUUAGUAAGCAGUAAACGUCGUCAUACUUUAUACUGCAUCUACAAAAGUCUUCCAAGAGAUUUAACGGCCGCUUGGCGUUUUUUCUUGAUAAACUUGGACAUAAUAUUAUGGGAGAAAAACAACGAAACAGUACCGAAACUGUUCGAGAAAUACGCCAGGAAACAUCCCGACAAAAUAGCCUAUUACUUUGAAGAAGACAAAUGGACUUAUCAGCAAUUGGACGAGUACAGCAAUAAAAUAGCAAACUAUUUCAAAGCCAAAGGUUUACGGAAGGACGACACGGUGUGUUUGAUUCUCGAAAACCGACCGGAGUACAUUGGAAUAUGGAUGGGUUUGUCCAAAUUGGGCGUUGUGACGGCCCUGAUUAACACAAACUUGACGGCCGAUCCACUAAUACAUUGUUUAAACGUUUCCAAGGCGAAAGCAAUAGUCCAUGGAGGUUCACACGAAAAAAUUCUAGAGCAAAUUAUUCAAAGAAUUGACUGCAAACAACUGUAUCAAAUAAACGAGGACCCCGCAAAGACCACCACGUCCAGCCUGUCGAGGAACCUCCGUGAAGAACUGAAGGAUGUUCCGGCCACUCGUCCGGAGGAAACGGACUUGGGUAAUCCCAAGGACAAAAUUGUUUAUGUGUUCACUUCCGGCACCACAGGUUUGCCCAAGGCUGCGGUCAUCAGUAAUCUGAGAUUUAUGUUCGUUGUGGCUGGUAUGCAUCACAUGGGCACCUUCACUGAGGACGACCUCGUCUACAACCCGCUUCCUUUGUACCACACUGCCGGAGGAAUAAUGGGAGCCGGCCAGACUCUACUUUACGGCACCCCCAUGGCUUUAAGGAAGAAAUUUUCGGCUACAAACUUCUGGGUCGAUUGUAAGAAGUACAACUGCACGGCGGCCCAAUACAUUGGAGAAAUAUGCAGAUAUUUGCUGACGGUCCACAAAGAAGGAACAGUGAUUGAUCAUUCAGUCAAAAAAAUGUUUGGCAACGGCUUAAGACCGCAAAUUUGGAAUAAAUUCGCCGAAACGUUCCACAUUAACCACAUAAUCGAGUUUUAUGGUGCCACCGAAGGAAAUUCCAACUUAAUCAACAUCGACAAUAAACCAGGAGCAGUGGGCUUCGUGCCAAUUUUGCAUUUCAACGUUUAUCCCGUGGCACUGUUGAAAAUAGACGAAGAAACCGGAGAACCGAUUAGAAACAAGGAGGGCUAUUGCAUCCGUUGCGACUUCAACGAACCUGGCCUACUGGUCGGUAAAAUUAAUCCCAAAAGGGCAGUCAGUAAUUUUACAGGAUACGCCGACAAGAAAGCAACCGAAAAGAAAAUUUUCAAGAACGUUUUUACCAACGGCGACAUGUACUUCAACACUGGUGACGUUUUGGUUCAGGAUGACUAUGGGUACUUCUAUUUCAAGGACAGAACUGGUGAUACAUUCAGGUGGAAGGGGGAGAAUGUGGCAACCAGUGAGGUUGAAGGUGUUAUUAGUAAUGUAACUGACUUGAAGGACGCCACCGUGUAUGGCGUUGAGAUUCCAGGUACUGAAGGCAGGGCGGGAAUGAUGGCUAUCGUAGACCCUCAAGACAAUUUAGAUAAAGAAAAGUUGUAUCAAAAUCUCAAAGCAAAUUUACCCUCAUAUGCUGUUCCAAUAUUCCUGAGAGUUGUGAAAUCUGUAGACAUGACCGGCACCUUCAAAAUUAAGAAGAAGGAUUUAAAGGAUAGUGGCUAUAGUAUUGAUAAAAAGGACGAAACCGUUUAUUACUUGGAUGCAAAAAAUUCUAGAUACUCCGAAGUAACGAAGGAAAUCUAUGAAGGAAUUAAUAAUGGGAAAAUCAGAUUGUAAGACUGAAUCGUGAAAUAAGGAUUAGGGUUAUCAUAUUUAUACAGAUAUUUUGUUAAUUGUUUCUAUAUACAUUUUAUAAAUAAAAGAUGUGAAUGAA